AUGGCGGUGAAAGUGACAGGAACAAUUCUUGCCUCUCUCCUUUAUGACAAUUCAUCUUCGUUCGGCAAUCAGGUUGGGCUACUCCUUGGUGAAGUGGUUCGUGAAGUGAAGGACACCAUCAGUGAUUCACAGAUAAACAAUGUGGAAGUGGAAACAAAGAUAUAUGUUUAUGAGAGUGUUGCCUGGCCCAAUGACCUGAUUUUCCAUGACAGACGAGGGCAGGUUGACAUGGAUGAGAUUACCAAACUGCUUGGGGACAAGACACGGAACAUUGUUGGGUGGUACAGUUUCCGUCGCAACUCAAGCCCAAAGCCAUCGUUUCGUGAACGCCUGAUUCAUGCUAGCCUUGUAAAGUCGCUGAACAAAGAGGGCCCGCUGUUCACGUUCUUGCUCUGCUCGGAAAAGACCAAUAAACCAACACUAUCCCUGCACAAACAUGACCACUGCUUUCUGCACUGUGUUGCCAACAGUGUGUUCAGAAAGCCCCCAGAGACGGUGAUCAACCUUGGUGAUACAACGCACACAGAGUACCGCCUGAACGCCAGUCACACCGUGUCACAAACACGGGGGACAUACAGCAGUAUUAUUAGACAUUAUGAAAAGGAUGGUUUUAAUCCUGUGGAUCAAGUGAACAAAAUACAGACAAUGAAUGGUGCCAUUACACAGAGACUAAACCACAUACAACAAUCCUUCCUUGAGAGUGAAAACAUUCGCUGUGAUCUUGAAAAGGAAGUUGAAGAGCUACGGGAAAUGGCCAUCAUGAAGAAACUGGAAUUGGAGCAUCGCAACAGGCCAGUGGAAGCUGCUCGUGGAACAGGUUCAUCAAAGACAAUAAAGCAGCCAUCGGUGGACGAGCUUCUUUGUAUGGAUGAUUCAGACUCAGACGUGCCUUCACCGAGCCUUGUAUCGGGUCACGACCUGAUGCACGCAGUGUGUCCAGACACAGAAAAUUACUAUAAUGUGCAAUCGGACAAGAGAGAUCACUCUCAUAUUUCCCAGCCUGAAAACAAGCCAGUCUCAAAGUUAUCCACCCCUGUCAUACAUUUACGGUCAAGGUCAUCGCCUGUGGAUAUCGUAACUAGUCAGAGUCAAGUGACUCGAACCAGGAGCCGAUCAGGUGACAGUCACGAUGCAAAGAAAACUGAGCAGUGUAAACAAGACGAUGCGAAUGAAUUUGGCAAUCAAAAUUUUAGUAAAUCUGUUGGCAAAAUGCCAGCCGAUCCUUUUGAUUUUGUAAACAAAGAAUUGAAAGCAAGUUCUAAAUCAGUUGACAAUCUUACUAGUAAUAGAUUUACUGGCCAUUCAAAGGCAGGCAAUCAUCACACUACAGGAAGAAUUGAAACUCGAACACAUUCAACAAACAAACAUGGUGCUUCAGCCAGGGAGGACGUGGUUAACCCUUUGUAUGAAAUGAAAAAGCAAGUGGAGGGAACCAGUGGUGUGAGUAAAAACUGUCGUAAGGAAGCAACCAGUCAGCAUUUGAACAAUGACUCGAACAAAGAUUCGUCGCAAGACACCUACGAUAUGGAUGUGUCGUCUUCGCCUGUGUAUUAAGAGAUUUAAAUGUUGCCAUUUUAAUGUACAUUUCACAUGUUUCAUUUUUUUUUUUAUUAUUGUUAAAAAACAACACGUUAUGAAACAGUAUUUAGUUGAUAAGUAUUAACCAUUGUUAUUUUGUUAAUAAUUUUUGUUCUGUUUAAGGUAAUACAUCCAUCAUUAUUACAAUAAUUUUUCCUCUUUAUUAUUUUAGUUUAAGAAGUUUAAGUUUCAUUUAAGUUUCAUUUUAAGUCACAAAAUGUUUGGUUUGAAUAUAUUCCAAGUGUUCACAGAGAGUUUUGUUUACAUAGAGAUUGCGUUAUAUAAGAAACAAAUUAAUAUAACUAAUUGCUAUAUAGUCAUAGUAAAAUGUUGUUUUACAACCACUCUUUAAAGCUGCACUCAAACAGAUAUACCACUUUUACAACUUUUUUAUUUUUUGUCUUAGAAAGGGCACACUUCUGCGUAGAUAUCUGCAAACUAAUGAUAUAAGACUGCUUACAAAACAUCAGAUCAACAUCAGAUCAUAAUUUUUCAUAUUUCCGUUUGAAAAUGAAUGUUUUAUUGCUUAAACCGUUAUUAACGGUUUAAGUAAAAUGCAUAAAACAUAAAUUUUUGAAAUUAAAUAUAAAAAUCUGCAAUCUAAUUUUUUGUCACCAGUCUUAUAUCACUGGUUUCCAUGGGUUUUCGCAAAAAUUGGCUCGUUCCAAGACAAAAAAAACAACAAAUGUCAAAAUCUUCAUUCUGUGAGAGUGCAGCUUUAAUAUAUGAAAUCAUGAUAGUAGCCUUAUUAUGGUGUUAUUCUAAAAUAUAAUUCAUUUGAAAUUAAUAUAAUGGUUAAUCAAUAUGAAUUUAACCAUGAAAAUAAUAUCGAUGUCAAUAUAUCGAAAAUGCUCUAACACAUCUUUGCAUCCUAAUGAUGGAUGGCUAACCUUAACAUAAUUUUCAGAGUAUUGGUGAUUUUAAACAAAAAAAACUGGUCUAAAUAUUUGUUUUACUUACAUACAAUUCACAUUAUAUUUUCAAUUUCAUCAGACAGACUUGUAAAAAGGUGAUUUAUAUUAUAUAUUGGCUAUUUCAUUAUAUUGUUGCCUGGAACAGUGUCUAAAACAUCUUAAGUCAUUUCUUAACCAUGUUCCAUAUUUAGAGUGACACUCUUAUUCAAAAUCAAUACAUACACAUGUACAACAAACAUCAAUUUUGACUGAUAAACCUUUAACUACAUACUAAAUGAUAAUUUAUGAAAACUAUUAAUUACUGAUAACAAGAUUGUAACUGUGUAUUUAAUAUCAGAAAGUGCAAAAAUGUUAAAUAAUUGGUGAAUGGUAAACGAUUUACAGUGGUCUUCUGUAGUCCCAUAAGGUAGAAAUACCUUGUUUUAUGCUAAUUUCUUUCAAAUUCAACCCGGUAUCUUUCAUAAGAACACUUGUUUUCGACAUUUUAUAUUAAUCAUUUUUGGAAUUUUGAAGCAAUGUUAUUAAUUGUGGUAAAUCUUAUCUGGGAGUAAGAGUGCAUCUUUAAGUAAUUGAAAUAUCUCACUGGUCAUUUGAUAAAAUACUGGACAAUCUCCGACAUAUACUAAACAUUUGUUUUUGACUAUUCAGAAUUCCUUUAAUUUGACAAUAAAAUAUUAAAAAAUAAAUGAUUAAGUUAUGAAAUGAUUUGAUAUGUUUUAUGAAAACUAAACCUAUCCUUUAUGAUUGCUGUCAGGUAGUUUAAAGAUCAGUUAUUUGUUAAAUAUGUGUUCAUGCAUGUUUCAUUGAUGUUAAGUACAGAAUUACAUUUUACUUUCACUGUGUUAAUCAGAGCUACAGGUGACUUUUUACUUAAAGUAUAUAUUGUACGCCUGUACGUUAUUUCAUCAAGUACAAUGUAGGGGUGAAUGUUGAAUCAAUUUAACACACCUGACAGGGCUGACUUCCCUUUGUACAAUACAAAAACAUAACUUUCAGCAAGAGAAAUCAUUGCGUAGGAGUUGAAGUGAAUGUACACUGUGUACUGGCCAUCUUAGAUGCAGUCAAAAUUGUUGUUCUCGAAGCAGUCGUAAAUUGAUUGUAGUAAUGGUACGCCCUUAUAACAAUUUGCAUUUGUACUGCUACACACAGAUGUUUGAUAUUAUCUGGAAAUUAGAACUUUUUAAAGCAUAUUUAUGCCAAUUACGACGCUUAUCUGUAGCUCUGGCUUAUGUGCCAUCAUUAUUGUUACUGUAUUUUUUAACUGCAUCUUUGUAAGUUUUCAAGAACAGAUAAGGACUGAUAACUAAUAAUUAUCAUAUGUUUCAUAUACUGCUGAGCCAUGGUUAAUACUCUUUAUUUUCAAAUAAGAUUCUGAAGAAAUGGGUCCUUUUCGAUUUUGCAACUGACGAGUAUGAAUUUGGAAAAACAACAUUUUUCUGUUGUAAUACAAUAUAUUUUAACACUUCAACAUCAUGAAACAUUUCAGCCCAUUUUGAUUUUUGUAUUUUUCUUGGUUAUUGAACAAAUAAUAUUUUUCCAUUAGUACUGUAAAAUAUUUGUUUAUUUAUUACAUUGUUUGAAAGUACCUGUUUUUUAGUUCGACUAUAUAAGAAUAUGAUGAGCUAUACUACUCACCCAAGCGUCAGCAUCGGCAUUGGCGUCACACCUUGGUUAAGGUUUUGCAUGCAAGCAAUAGGCCUUUAUUAUUUGACUUAGAAAUUCUGGUUAAGGUUUUGUGUGCAAGCAUACAUAGGUUAAUAUCUCAGCAACUACUUGAGGUAUUGCAUUGAGACUUUAUACAAUGGUACUCAACCAUCCGACCUAUAUAAUUAACCAAGUUAGAUAAUUCUAGUUUGCAUUUAAUGCAAAAAAUAGGCCUUUAUUAUUCGACUUAGAAAUUCUGGUUAAGGUUUUGCGUGCAAGCACACAUAGGUUAAUAUCUCAGCAACUACUUGAGGUAUUGCAUUGAGACUUGAAACAAUGGUACUCAACCAUCCAUCCUACUUUAUUAACCAAGUUAGAUAACUCUAGGUUGCAUUAAAUUCAAAUUAUGGCCCCUUUUUUGACAUAGAAGUUCUGGUUAAGGUUUUGCAUGUAACUACUUUUAAGUCAAUACCUCAGCGAAUACAUCAUGUAUUGCAUUGAAACUUUACACACAGGCUCCCAACCAUUUAACUUCUUCUUUAAUCAAGUAAGAUAACUCUAUUUUUCAUAUUUUAUAAUUUUUGCCCCUUUAUUAUGCGACUUAGAAAUUCUGGUUAAGGUCUUGCAUGUUAGCACACAUAGGAUAAUAUCUUAGCAACUACUUGAUGUUUUGCAUUGAGACUUUAUACAAUGGUAUUCAACCACCCAACGUAAUUGAAUAACCAAGUUAGAUAACUGUAUUUUGCAAAUAAUGACCCUUUAUUAUUAGACUUAAAUUUUCCAUGUAACCACAUUUAUGUUAAUAUCUCAGCACAUCAUGUAUUGCAUUGAAAUCUAAUCUAACAGUGAUCCAUGCAUGUUUCGCCAAAACUUUUCAAUCCUUACACUGAAAAGCAGCCAAAUAGUUGAGCAAGCUGUCUCUGUGACAGCUCUUGUUAUUAUUAUUGGUUGUCAAAGUUGAAAAGGUAAUCAAAGGCCAAGUUACUCAAAGACAAAUAACUAACUUGUCAAACAUGAAAAAAGAUGGCCAAAAGUGAAAUUUUGAUAGAAAUAAGCUUACUUUUGAUGAAGUAUUCACAAAUUCUUUGUAUUAUUUUCAAACAAUAAAUCAUGAUUAGUGGUGGAAAUAUUGUGAUACAUGGUGAUACUUUUUUUUCCAACAACACUCAGCUUUUUGCCUGGAAAUUGAAUGAGCAUUACAUACAGGGAUUGCUUUUCCUUUGAUAUUCAUUACCUUCUGUAUAACAUUUAUAUCAUUACACAACAUAUUUCCCUAGUACAUGCAUAAGUAUUUUUAUGUAUUUAUAUUCUUUUGAUUUUAUGCUGCAGUGUAAAUAGUUCAAACCUAUCUUAUAAAUCAAGGAAAUCCUUUUGCUAUAUUCAACAUUUAUAACUGCAGCACAGUCUCUUACAUUUAAUAUACUCCAACUUUUAUAGAAAUUUGCUAUCAGAUGAUGCAGUAUAGUUUGUCAGAUACAAAUUACCAUUUAUGUUUAAAAAAAAUGUUGUGUUCAGUAUCGAAGAUGGAGGCCAUGGAAUAAGUUUAACGUUAGUCAAGAUCUGUUCACAGUUACACUGUAUGUUUAGUAAGUUUUUUUGUACACUUUCUAUGUUUUGUUAUGCUUAAAACAUGGUAUUAAAUCCUAAUAAUGUAUAAA